ACCAGCGGAGUGGCCUAAGACCUGGCAUAGUGGAAAUGAUCCCAGAGAGAAUAUCGAAUGAAGUCAGGAAGUCAGCUGGCCGUAGGUUGUAGAGGGGCUCUGUGGUUAGCUGGCUGAGGUUGAGGUCACAGGUUACUAAGGAAGUAAUUGUUGACAGGAGCUUCGUACUCGGCUCAGAACCACACACAGCUGGCUCCCCUGGUCCGGGGCCUAACCCUGCCCUGGAGGCGGACUCGCGGGGGAGGCGAGAGGCGGAACGCCCGAUGGCUACGGCGGCGGGCGGCGGACCCGCGCAGGAGGCGGACGCACUUGGUGUGGCUCUGCGACGCGUCACCCGUGCUGUGGGCAAGCCAUGGCAGGAAGCGAGCCGCGCAGCGGAACUAGCUCCCCGCCGCCGCCCUUCAGCGACUGGGGCCGCCUGGAGGCGGCCAUCCUCAGCGGCUGGAGGACCUUCUGGCAGUCAGUGAGCAAGGAGAGGGUGGCAAGGACAGCCUCGCGGGAGGAGGUGGAUGAGGCGGCCAGCACCCUGACGCGGCUGCCGAUUGAUGUACAGCUAUAUAUUUUGUCCUUUCUUUCACCUCAUGAUCUGUGUCAGCUGGGAAGUACAAAUCAUUACUGGAACGAAACUGUAAGAGAUCCAAUUCUGUGGAGAUAUUUUCUGUUGAGGGAUCUUCCUUCUUGGUCUUCUGUUGACUGGAAGUCUCUUCCAGAUCUAGAGAUCUUAAAAAAACCUAUAUCUGAGGUCACUGAUGGUGCAUUUUUUGACUACAUGGCAGUCUAUAAAAUGUGCUGUCCAUAUACAAGAAAAGCUUCAAAAACCAGCCGUCCUAUGUAUGGAGCUGUCACCUCAUUUUUACACUCCCUGAUCAUUCAGAAUGAACCACGAUUUGCUAUGUUUGGACCAGGUUUGGAAGAACUGAAUACCUCUUUGGUGUUGAGCUUGAUGUCUUCGGAGGAACUUUGCCCAACAGCUGGUUUGCCUCAGAGGCAAAUUGAUGGUAUUGGAUCAGGUGUCAAUUUUCAGUUGAGCAGCCAACAUAAAUUCAACAUUUUGAUCUUGUAUUCAACUACCAGAAAGGAAAGAGAUAGAGCAAGGGAAGAGCAUACAAGUGCAGUUAACAAGAUGUUCAGUCGACAGAAUGAAGGUGAUGAUCAACAAGGAAGCCGGUAUAGUGUGAUUCCGCAAAUUCAGAAAGUGUGUGAAGUUGUAGAUGGGUUCAUCUAUGUUGCAAAUGGUGAAGCUCAUAAAAAUUAUGGAGACACCAGAAUGGUACUGUGAUUUUUUUCCACUGCUGGCUUCACCUAAAUUCCUGUUCGCCCAAGACUACUUAGUAUAAUUUUAUUACAGAUCAAUAAGUGAAUUUUUAAAGAUCAGAAAUUUAUUUUUCACAGCUCUGGACACCAGGAAGUCCAAGAUUAAGGUACCAGCCUCUGGUUUCUUGUGAGUGCCUUUCUUGCUGAUUUCCUACACAGCAGAAGGCAGAAAGGGAAACGGGACACAAACAUUGCAUUCUCACAGGACGGAAGAGGGAAAGAUAGAGCUACAUGCCUUUUUUAAUGGUAAUAUUAGUCUACUCAUGACAGUAGAGCCCUUAUUACCUAAACAACUCCCAAAGACACUCCUUCCCCAACACUGUUGCAUUGGGGGUUAAAUGUCCAACACAUGAAUUUUGAGAAACACAUUCGAACCACAGCACUGAGAAAACUAUCAACAGAUCUUCACUAUAAGAAAUUUUAAAGGAAGCUCUUCAGGCAGAAUAAUAUGAUAACACAUGGAAAUCUGCAUCUACUGAAAAAGAUGAAGACUCCUGGGAUGGUAACAAUGUAGCUAUAUAUUAAAGGUUUUUUUCUAAUUUUAAUUAAAAAAAACAAACAGUAUAUUAUGCAUGUAGGACAUUUUAAAGAAAAAUAUAUGAUAAUCGAAUGUAUCAUGGAAGAGAGAACGAAGUAUAUUAUUGUAAGUUUCUUCUAUAUGUGAAAUGGCAUAAUAUUUAAAGGUAGACUGUUAUAAAUUAAAAAUAUGUGUUAUAAAUACUUGAACAACUACUAAAAAAUGUAUAAUGAAGGUAUAACUAAAUAAGCCAGUAGUGGAUAUAAAAUGGAACCAUUAAAAAACAGUCUGAAAGAAGGAAGGCAAAGAGAGAAGAAGGAGCAAAGAACAUAUGGACGAGUCUAAGACAUAGGAUAGAUUUAAAUGCACGUUGUUGAUAAGUACAUUACAUGUUUAUUUGUUUUCAAUUGCUAUUAACAAAUUACCUCAAAUUUAAUGGCUUGAAACAACAUCUAUUUUUUAGCUCACAGUUCUUUAUGUCAGAAGUCUGAACAUGGUAGUACUGAGUUCUCUGCAUAGGGCCUCAUGGGAUAAAAUUUGUGUAUCAUAUGGUUGCAUCCUUUUCUGUAGGCUCUGGGAAAUAAUUUGCUUCCAAGAUCAUUCAAGUUAUUGGCUGAAUUCAGUUCCUUAUUGUUGUAGGACUGACCUUCCUGUUUUCUUGCUAGCUGUCAGCUGGGAGAUGCUAUCAGCUUCUAUAGGUCACCUAUAUUUCUUGCCAUGUGACUCCCUCCAUCUUCCAAUCCAGCAAUGAAGAAUCUACCCUGCAUUGAAUCUUUCAACAGGAAGAGCUGCUUCUAAGAGCUCACCUGAUUAGGCCAGGCUCAAUGAGGAUAACGUCUCUUUCUUAAAGUCAACGGUGUCUUAAAGCCUAAUCAUGGGCAUGAUGCCCCAUCUUAUUUGUAGGUUCUUUAGACACUCAAGGAGAAAACGAUUAUGCAAGGGUUUGGAACACUGAAGUUAUCUUAAAAUUCUGCCUACCACAAAGUGCAAAUAGUCUAAACACUCCAAUAGAAGGCUGGAAUUGUUGGUUUCCAUAAAAAAACUAAACAACUAUAUGCCUGUAUUUUGAAAGUAAGUCCUUUGAAUGAAAGGGUAGUGACAUCUACAGAAUUUGUGAAAGGAAAUACCUGUAUCGAACAUUUUUGCUUUUAGACUAUGGAGACAUCUGAAGAGUACUGUUAUUUUUUUUCCCCUCAAUUUAUGUUUGGAUCCUGGUAAAUUUUUUGUUCCCUUGCUUUGUUAGUUUUUUAUUAUUUUCAAAACUAUAAAAAGUAAUGCAAAUUUUUAAGGGUUUUUGCUUACAU